UCUCACAAUCUCUUUUACUCCAAAUUUUUCUCUUCGUUUUCAUUUCAGGUAUUCUCUUACAUUAUUUUGAAACAAGGAACAUCAAAAGCAGCUCUAGUUUGCUGUGGAAUUAUUAUUGGUGGUUUUCUAUUAGGAGUGGACCAAGAAGGAGUAUCAGGUUCAUUAAGUGUUACUGGAGUGAUAUUUGGUGUUCUUGCUAGUGCCAGUGUGGCUCUGAAUGCCAUCUAUACAAAGAAGAUUCUUCCUAUGGUUGACCAUAAUAUAUGGCGACUUACCUUGUACAACAAUGUCAAUGCAACAAUCCUCUUUCUCCCUUUAAUCCUCAUUAAUGGUGAACUAUCCACCAUAAUCAGUUUCCCCUAUAUUAGGAGCCUACAUUUCUGGAAUAUAAUGUCUAUCAGUGGCAUCCUUGGCUUUGCCAUUGGUUAUGCAACUGGUCUUCAGAUCCAACUUACAUCACCUCUCACACACAACAUCUCUGGUACUGCCAAAGCCUGUGCUCAAACUGUUGUUGCGGCAAUGUACUUUUCUGAAAGACGGUCGUUACUGUGGUGGAUAAGUAAUGUAACAGUGUUGCUUGGGUCUGGUGGUUAUACAGAGGUGAAGCGAAGAGAAAUGAAAAUUGCCCACAAAGAAGAGACACAGGUUUUGACUGAGGAAAAAGCUCCCCGAGAAAUAACUGUUAAAUAAUUUACCAGGAAUUUUAUUUAUUAUUGGAUUUUUUAAUUUUAAUUGUGACUUGACUGUGUGAUGAUUGGUCAAAUGGUUUAAUGGCCAAAUUCAUUAAAAAGUUAAAAAAACUCUAAUGAGUGAUCAUCUGCUGGAAAUAAAAGACCAUAUGAAAUGGAAAAAAUUUUUUUUUUUUUUUUUUUUGUUAAAGAGGAGAAACAAAUUCAUGGGGAAAUGUUUCUUUAAUUGUAGUAUAUUUACCUCUGACUAUAUGUGUGGGAAUACAUGUGUAUGUAUGAAAUGUUAUGUAGGAAAUGAAUUAUAUUUUGUUGAUAUCAGUUUUACAGUGGUAAAAAUUAAGUAAAUGAUCUGUAUAAAAUUUUGUAUUGUUUCUUCUGCAAUCAAUGAAUUAACUCCCUUACUUCGCCUAACCAACUAAUAAAUCACACACGUAUGCACACACGCACACACACACAUUAUUCAUAUCAGGGUAGUUUUGUGGGAAUGAAAUAUUCAUCAAUACUUAACUUUAUGUUAAGUGUUAGGUCUACUUUGCCUCUAGCUUCAAUUAAAUAAAUAGCACCAUUCUGUUGAUACACGUGAAUUGACUCAAUGUAUGAUCUAUCUCCCUUCGUCCUCAGAAAUUGUCCUUUUGUGUAACUAGUAUUUUAUGUAAUUUUACUGCUGAGCACUGUUGUGCCGGAAGAGAUGUAAAUGUAAACAAUUCCUUAUUGUGACCUGUUUCCAUCUCCUGACUGAUUCCAUUAUGCAUCACUUAAGUUGCCAAUGCCUUCUGGGAAAUAAAUGAAUACACAACCAUCCAUCAUCUCAUUACCUUUUUUUUUUUUUUAUGAAAUUAAUAGUGCAUUGGAUUAAACAAUUGAUUGCAUUCAGUUUUGGCUUCUGUAUUUUGAGUUCAGGUUCAGAUGGUAUUGAUUUCACAUUUCAUCCUUCCAAGACUGACUAUCUAUUUAGUUUAAAUACAUGUUUCAAGCCUUCUGUCAUAUGAAAAAGAGCCCAAUAUACUGUCUAUUGAUUCAUUCAAGUUUGAUAAACACUCAGUUCAGUUGCUUGACUUUUCUUCAUUAGUGGUCACUGUCAAUGUGGUGGUUGCACCCCAGUUAACUUCUCAACAGAUGGAAAUAGAAGUUGAAUUCAUGACUUUCACAAAUGCUUUAAUCAUGAAGUGAAUUGAUGUUAACCAAGAAUUAGGACUGGUUUGACAAUUUAAAUCACUGAAAGCUUAAUUCUUCCUCUACAAUUAGUUGACAGUGUGUUGAAUGUUCUUCAAUAGCUGCAGCAAACCACAUCAACAGGAUGACAUUUUGAGGAGGAAAAGGUGUAUGUAUUUAUUACUGCAGGACCUGGGUUUGGACGUAGUAUGGUAAUCAGAAGAGAAGAGAUGAAUAAGUUGGCAGGAGACCAGCCAAUUCUGAGAAA